AUGAUGAAUUCGAGAAAGCAUUCCCUAACAGCUCAACUUACACGGACAGCUAGACGUUUCUCGACCACAGUGGCACCACAACUAACAAAACUCGAUCCAUUACCAUUGCUUCAAUAUUAUAAGAUGCUUAAUAUACGACUAGUAGAUGUUGCUCAGCUUCAAGCGGCUAUCAAAGGAUAUAUUAUCAAAAAUAUAGUGAACUUCAGUCCGAUUGAUUUUGAAAUAACGGAUGAAAAUAACGUUCGUGUGCUCAGUGUUAGUUUACGACCUGAGGAAAUGAUUCUUUCUAAAGGCAUCAAGAGAAUUUUUUCAAUUACGUUCGAUGAUUCCGAUCCUGAAGAAUGUGGAACUGUGAUAGCUAAAAUUAGGCAACCUAUAUCAGGCAUGAGAAUAUUCGAAUUUUUGGAAUUACCUUGCUCAAAUAUCGUCCAAAUCUCAUCAUAUGUUGACCAAUGUGAUCGAUGCCAAAUUAAACUCGUAUCAAACUCAAUUUCCAAUUUUUUUACAUCAUAUCGUUGUUGUUUUUCUACGAGCACUAAAUGGCAAUUCAUAAAAGAAGGCAAAAUUUAUGCAUUCAUUCGGCCCAAUUGUACAUUUUUCGAUGAAGAUUCAUUACGAUUGGAAUGGAUGCCACAAGCAGAUAAUGAACUACGAAUGAUUGUUAUUGCAUAUGGCAUGAUACAAAUGGUCCGAGAAGUAUUUCCCUCUCUAAAUCAUAUCAUAAGCGAACAAUAUCAACAAAAAAUUGGUCUUUUUUUUUCUACUCUUUUUUACGAUUCAUAA